AUGCCUCCUUCACCCACGUACCAGCCGCCCGAGUCUCCCUCCAACGAUUCCGACUCCGAUCUCGACCUUGACAUUCAAGAGCUCGACCCCAUCUCGACCGAGCCAGCGCGGGAGCUGCAGCAGAGCCAUCCGGCAGAAGAACAGAGAGCAUCGAGAAUAGCUCUACGGAACUUGCGUAUGGGUGGUCUGCGGCGCGCGAAGCGGGACAGUGGAUAUGGAGACCUCGGUCGGAACCGACAAGACUCAGAUGAGCAAUUACACGACUUGAUAGAGGAUCACGACGAACCUAGCUCUAGGCAUCACUGGUCUGAAGACGGUGGAAAUGGAGAGGACGAUGCGCCCUUGUUAGGCGGCCAGGGCUCACAGGGCUCAAGACCAUCCACGUCCCGACAUCUAGGCUCCGGGCUACGAUGGCCGCGCUUUCUCUCGUCUAAGAAGCCCGACGACAGGGAAACGGAGGAACAGGCAGACGAGGACGAUCCGUCGUCCUCUCGAAUGGUCGCCGUGGGUUCCACCCAGACAUCUCGGUUCCCGACCAACAUCGUCUCCAAUGCCAAGUAUACGGCAUUCACUUUCCUUCCCAUCACGCUAUACAACGAGUUCUCAUUCUUCUUCAACAUGUACUUCUUGCUUGUUGCGCUAUCGCAGGUGAUACCAGCCCUUCGAAUCGGUUAUUUGUCGACCUACAUUGCGCCACUGGCCUUUGUCCUUUGCAUCACCAUGGGAAAGGAGGCGUACGACGAUAUUGAUAGGCGGCGAAGAGACAACGAAGCAAACUCGGAAGAAUAUCAUGUAUUGCAAUUUACGGAACCCGGAAUGUACCCAAAGAGCGCCAGGCCGCGGCGACCACUCAAGUCAGAAACGGUUGGGCGAAAGCCUCGAAAGGUACAAGCCGGUCGCCAUGACCUCGCCGCUAUCCAAGAGGACGAAGACCAGCCGACCUCGGUUGUUCAGGAAAUAAGCCGCAAGUCAAAGGAUCUGCGCGUAGGUGAUGUUCUCAAACUUACCAAAGGGCAACGAGUGCCAGCCGAUGUCGUGAUUCUACAAUGUCACUCGACGGAAGGGACAUCAGCCAACGAGCCCGCCGAAGAGGAGGAAGAGGAAACGUUGCUCGCGUUUGACGAGGGAGAGUCCAGCUCGAGUGCAAAGGGCAAGGCACCCGAGGCACCGGCAGUGCAGAACGACGCACACAGCGGCCCUUCCGGCGAGACAUUCAUCAGGACAGACCAGCUGGAUGGAGAGACGGAUUGGAAGCUGAGAUUGGCAUCGCCGCUCACCCAGUGUCUCGCUCUGGAGGAGUUUGUCCGCCUCCGAAUCACGGCCGGCAAGCCCGACAAGAAGGUCAAUGAGUUUGUUGGAACAGUCGAGUUGAUGCCUACCAGGCAAGCCGCAGUCAGCCAACAGCCCAGGCCGGAAGGCGAGAGCAGCAGCGAUUCCAACUCAGCGGCGCUGUCCAUCGACAACACCGCUUGGGCCAACACUGUCAUUGCCUCCCAGGGAACCACCUUUGCGGUCAUUCUGUACACCGGCCCGCAGACCCGAUCCGCGCUGUCCACGUCUCCUUCUCGCUCCAAGACCGGUCUUUUGGAAUAUGAGAUCAACUCCUUGACCAAGAUUCUCUGUGCUCUUACGCUGGCCCUGUCCAUCAUUCUUGUCGCUCUGCAGGGGUUUGAGAAAAGCGGCGAAAACGCGUGGUACAUCAAAAUCAUGCGAUUCCUGGUCUUGUUCUCAACCAUCGUGCCAAUCAGCCUUCGGGUGAAUCUCGACAUGGGCAAGAGUGCAUAUUCGAGAUUCAUCCAACGAGAUCCUGGUAUUCCGGGGGCGGUUGUGCGCACAAGCACCAUUCCAGAGGAUCUGGGUCGGAUCGAGUAUCUACUGAGCGACAAGACGGGAACACUGACCCAGAACGACAUGGAGAUGAAGAAGAUUCAUGUAGGCACCGUUUCGUAUGCCAACGAAGCCAUGGAUGAAGUGAGUUCGUAUGUUCGACAGGCCUUUCACAUCCAACCCACAACCGACCCUUCAUCUCACGGCGCCCUCGUUACUCCUUCUUCAGCCAUGUCCAACACCGUCAACGUGGGAGCCACUCGCACACGACGAGAGAUUGGCUCUCGCGUGCGAGAUGUGGUGCUUGCUUUGGCGCUUUGCCACAACGUGACACCGACAUCAGAGGUCGAAGACGGCAAGGAAGUCACAUCGUACCAGGCGUCCUCUCCCGACGAAAUUGCCAUUGUCAGAUGGACGGAAUCUGUGGGUCUGAAGCUCUCGUACCGUGACCGCAAAGGAAUGGUGCUGGAGUCGACUGAGACGGGAAGGCCUGUCGUGCGAGUCCGAAUCCUCGAUGUCUUCCCGUUCACAUCUGAAGGCAAGCGCAUGGGCAUUGUGGUUCAAUUUCUCGACAGUAUGCAUGUCACCCACCCCGGCCUGGGCAACGGUGAGAUAUGGUUCUAUCAAAAGGGUGCGGACACCGUCAUGAGCUCGAUUGUGGCGGCGAACGACUGGCUCGACGAAGAGACGGCCAACAUGGCUCGCGAGGGAUUGAGAACCCUGGUCGUCGGAAGAAAGAAGCUAUCGCAUCAGCAAUACCAAGAGUUUGCUUCUCAAUACCACGAAGCCUCGCUCUCUAUCACGGGGCGAGAUGCCGGGAUGCAGAGGGUCGUCUCUCGGUAUCUGGAGAGCGACCUGGAGCUGCUGGGCGUAACGGGCGUCGAGGAUAAGCUUCAGAAGGACGUCAAGCCGUCGCUGGAACUGCUUCGAAAUGCCGGCAUCAAGAUUUGGAUGCUGACGGGCGACAAGGUCGAGACGGCGAGGUGCGUGGCCAUCAGCUCGAAGCUGGUUGCGCGAGGCCAAUACAUCUACACCGUUGCGAAGCUCACCAGAAAGGACAAUGCCCAAGAGCACCUGGACUUUCUCCGGAGCAAGACCGACGCCUGUCUGCUUAUUGACGGAGAGAGCCUGGCGCUAUUCCUGACGCAUUUCCGCAUCGAGUUUAUUUCCAUUGCCGUUCUCCUGCCCACAGUCGUGGCCUGUCGAUGCUCGCCCACACAAAAGGCCGAGGUCGCGAAGCUCAUUCGCGAGUAUACAAAGAAGCGGGUGUGCUGCAUCGGAGACGGUGGCAACGAUGUCUCCAUGAUCCAGGCUGCCGACGUGGGAGUCGGUAUCGUCGGCAAGGAGGGUCGGCAGGCCAGUCUGGCAGCCGAUUUCUCGAUUGAGCAGUUCUGCCACCUGGUCAAGCUGCUGGUGUGGCACGGGCGAAACAGCUACAAGCGCAGUGCGAAGCUGGCUCAAUUCGUCAUCCAUCGAGGUCUGAUUAUUGCAGUGUGUCAAACAAUGUACAGCAUUGCUCUAAAGUUUGAGCCUGAGGGCUUGUACAAGAACUGGCUCAUGGUUGGCUACGCCACCGUCUACACCGCGGCGCCCGUCCUGUCGCUGGUGCUAGACAAGGACGUGGACGAAGACUUGGCGAACCUCUACCCCGAGCUCUACAAGGAGUUGACGUCGGGCCGGUCGCUGUCGUACCGCACAUUCUUCGUCUGGGUCCUGGUGUCGAUCUACCAGGGCGGCAUGAUCCAGGGCCUGUCGCAGAUCCUGACCGAGGUGGACAGCAAGAGGAUGGUGUCGGUCAGCUACACGGUGCUGGUGCUCAACGAGCUGCUCAUGGUGGCCAUUGAGAUUGUGACGUGGCAUCCCGUGAUGAUUAUGAGCAUCGUGGGGACGUUUAUUUUUUACAUUGGAUCGCUGCCGUUUCUGGGCGACUACUUUGAUCUUGAGUUUUUGAUUACUUGGGGAUUCGUCUGGCGUGUAUUGGCCAUUGGUUCUAUUUCCUUGAUCCCGCCGUAUGCGGGUAAGCUGAUUAGCAGAACGAUGAAGCCACCGUCCUAUAGAAAGGUGCAGAAUCGGUGA